CGGCGCCACCGCCUGAGGGCGGGGUGUAUGAACGAGAAGCUCGGAGGGCGCCGGGGACUGGGCCCAGGUCUACAGGGCUCAGCUGAGCCCAUGACCUCCCAGAGCUAACCCCUGACCACCUCGGCAGGCAAGGGGCUGAUGUCGGUAGCCCCCAUCCUGGAGGGGCAGGUCACUGCGCACCUCCCGCUCUCAGCAUGGCACUGCCACACCUCGCCCUCCUGGCUGGCCUUCUGGUGGGAGUCGCCAGCAAGUCCAUGGAGAGCAUGGCCCAGCUGCCCGAGUGCUGCGUGGAUGUGGUGGGCGUCAACACCAGCUGUCCAGGCGCAAGCCUGUGUGGCCCAGGCUGCUACAGGCGCUGGAACGCGGACGGGAGCGCCAGCUGCGUCCGCUGCGGGAACGGAACCCUCCCGGCCUACAACGGCUCCGAGUGUCGAAGCCGUACGUCUGCCCGGCUGUUCCCGGGUCCCUUCUCGCAGCAGGGCCGCAGCUCCAGCUUGGGGAGAAACCCGGGGAGCCGCUGGCCGGGCUGCACCGUUCCCCAUGAACAGAAGCUCAGGGCCCCCCGGGCGGCCACAUCCCGGGGCUCCCCGCGUGGCUGCCUCCCUCUUCCUGGGAACCUUCUUCAUCAGCUCUGGCCUCAUCCUCUCCGUAGCUGGGUUCUUCUACCUCAAGCGCUCCAGUAAACUCCCCAGGGUCUUCUACCGAAGAAACAAAGUCCCGGCCCUGCAGCCUGGCGAAGCCGCUGCAAUGAUCCCCCCGCCACCGCCCUCAGGUAACGCAGCAACACGUGCGCUGUGGGGCUUCCCGUCCCUGGGCCAGAACCCGGAUGCUCUGAGGGUCUGUCCCCAAACACGCCGGCUCUGGACCUCAGCCGCCCCUGCCCAGGUCCCCAGGAGACCCACCCACGAGGCAGGGCCAGGGCCGGAUUUGGCCGGCACCCCCUGCCCGCCUGUGGGAAGAAGGGUGCCCAGGCGCCAGGCAGGAGACUGAAGGCACAGUCUGUCCCGGCAUAAUAAAUAACAGUACUUAGCGCAGUGACACCUAAUAGAUACUGGGUUCAGUCCCAUAAUCAAUUACAUGAUCCUACAACAUCACUAUUCUCUGUUAAUCCGCUUUAGUGUGGGAACUUUAGUUUUACGGUGUAGACCUAUUCGUAACUAAGUGAUCACUUACCUGUUACGCCAGGACAGACUGUGCCUUCUUUCUUCCCACACCCACCCCCCUUGAACCCCUGUGACUUCCAUGCCCUUCCCUGUUCUGAGACGUGGGGUCUGCAGGAAAGGAGGACCCACCACAGGCAGACCCCCAAUGCCUGCCCCUCCUCCAAGUCACAGCUCCCCCCGAGGACAGGUGCAGCCGGCCU